CCCAGAAGGCGAGACUGAAAACAUCUCCUGCUGCUGGAUGGGAAAAGCUCAAGGAGUCGGCGUCAAAUGGCUGAAAGAUCAAACAUUAAUAAAAUACGAGAAUGUCGUCAAUCAGUCUACAGUCUCUCAGAGCGAUCAGGCAAAUACCUGUUCGGUUUUGACUUUCUCAAAAAUCAAAAGCAGAGAUUCAGGAAGAUACGUCUGCAAGGUUUCUGUGGAGUUCCCAAAUUUAACUGAAAUUGAAGGAAAUGGGACAAUAAUUACAGUUACAGCCAGAGAGACCUCAACUAACAAUGCAGAAGCUGGUGUUUCUUCAAAUACUCUUGUUGUUUCUCAGAGUCCUGAUAUUUCAGUCCUAGAAAGACAGACUGGAAGAAUUUCCUGCUGCUGGACAGUAAAGGCUCAACGAGUGGGUGUCAAAUGGAUCAAAAACCAAACAAUGAUAGAGCAAAGGAUCGUCAUUAAUGAGCCCGAAGUCUCUCAGAAUGAGCGGCCGCAUGUCUGUUCCGUUCUGAUCUUAACAAACUUAACAAGCAGAGAUUCGGGGAGAUACAUCUGCAAGGUGUCUGUAGAGCUACCCAUUUUAACGGAAGUUGAAGGAAAUGGCACAACCAUCACAGUUAAAGCCAGACAUCACCAUAGUUUAGCCGAAACUCUUGUUGUCACUCAGAGUCCUGAUGUUUUAGUCCAAGAAGGAGAGAAUGGAAGAAUUUCCUGCUGCUGGACGGGAAAGGCUCAACGAGUGGGUGUCAAAUGGAUGAAAAACCAAACACUGAUAGAGCAAAGGACCGUCAUUGGAAUCUCCCAGAAUGAGCGGACGCAUGCCUGUUCUUUUCUGAUCUUAAGAAAUUUUACAAGCAGAGAUUCAGGGAGAUACACCUGCAAGGUGUCUGUAGAGGUACCCAUUCUAACUGAGGUUGAAGGAAAUGGCACAACCAUCAUAGUUAAAGUCAGAGAUCACCAUGGUUUCGCCAGAGAGAUUUCCGAUGUUCUCUUGAACAAAGAUGUCAUCUUUGCUCUGAGAUGCCUGCCCCUCCUGAUCCUCAUCACAGCCUUCCUCAUGUUCCACUGCUUACAGUCUAAAGCUCUGAAGGACAUUACAGAUUCAGCUGCAUAUGAGAAUGAAGCAAUACAUUAAAAAGUGGAGAGAAACACCAAGAAGAUGAGGGAACGAGAGAAACAGGAAAGCACUGAAGAAACGACGGGAUUAUAAAGGAUGCAGAUUUUGCUGUGAUGCUGUUACUAGAUAAUAUAUUUUAUUGACAACUUAGAAGAUAAACCAUGUGAAAUUAAAAUUCAGACAUAUCACUGUUGGUAGGCCUCAAUCAUGACAUCACACUGAACAGAAAUGAUCUCCUGGUGUAAAGACCAAAUGUAAUCUUACUUUUUCAAGUUUGUCUGCAUCAAACUAUGUCAUUAAAUGUUUUAUUUACUAUUUAAGUCAAUUAAAUCUUUGUUUAGAUGUCAAAAUGUAAGCAAAACGAUUGGAAAACACCAAAACAGGAUAUGGGAGACUGAGAUAACCGAGAACUGUUUAUGCUGGAUUACAGAUUGGCAAUCCAACAUAAACUGAAGGUCAUUAAAUGACCUCAUUCUGUUUUCCCAGAUCUGGU